AUGCACACCACUUCACUCCGAUCUGCACUGGCAAAUGCGUUCCAGAUUCCGCUGCGCCCGGCGGCGACGAGACAGUUAUAUACCCAGGCUGCGCUGCCUAUGAGCAGGAGUAAUGGACAGAGUCUGUCUUCGACGCCAUCGUCGUUAGCGCCGGCUUUGAGGUCGUCGUUCUCUACGUCGGCGGUGCGUGCGGCGAAAAAGAAGGGUGGCAGAGCGAAGAAGGACCAGCGAAUCACCCUGAUCCGCUAUUUCCUAUACCAUCCAACAACCCUGCAACCCCGUCCACUCCGCUUCUCGCGCAACCGAUAUCUACGACACUGGACGAUCCACCGAGCAUGGAACUUGUACCAAGCGAAGCUGAAGAACGCUCGCCAGCUCGAGCUGGAAAGACAGUACAACGCGAUGGCGGCGGCGAACGAGGAGCUGCGACUGGGCGCUGGCGAUGGCGGACGAUUGUUCCGCAAAGCCCAGAUGAAGACCGGUGUGUGGAGUAUUCCUGAGCGUGGCGGUGGUGUACCGAUUGAGUAUGCGAAGGGACUGGUGGAGUGGGUCGGCUCGACCGGUAUGGGUGGUGUGGCCGCCGAGGGUUCCGUUGGGAAGAAGGCUAUGAUUUGGGAUGCCGCGUGGAAGAGAUUUUAG